UGUCCCAUAUGUCUACAAACUGCACACCCCCAACCCAGGGGCCGGCUUACAUCGGUCUUGUGGACAACGCGUGUCAUUCACAACUAAAUGGACACUGGCGGUUUCACCUGACGGCGCACGCCCAAUAACGAGGCUUUCAUGUGGCUAUGUAUAGCGUGGUAACACCUUGUGAACAGCAUACAGUCAAGCUGAACGAACCGAUGCAAUGCUGACCCACAUCUUCUCUACCUGCUGACGUCAGGACGCAAACAGUUCAGAAGGUACACGGUGCCACAACGAUAAUCGCCAUGCAUCACCACGACAUACCUUUCAUUGACGAUGACGCAUUGCAUGCCGGGCAAACGCAGAACCACGUCGACCAAAACCAUUCCUCGCAAACUACUGCUCCAGAACAACGUACAAAUAACGUGCCGCGCUCCUCCGAAAAUUCCCUUCAAAUCGUACCCUAUGUUCCACCAAGGACGCGACGCUUUACUGACCUGCAAUACGCUGCCAAAGACGGGAACUUGCAACUGGUGAAGCAGCUGUUGUCAGUGGGUCGCACCGACAUAGAAAGUAUAGGUGAAUAUGGUCGAACUGCAGUGAUGUUGGCAGCAGAGAAAGGACACAGAGUCGUGUUCGACGUCCUCGUGAACGCCGGUGGUAGUAUGACUGUGAUCGACGAUGACGGCAACAACAUCCUUCAUCUGGCUUGUCUUGGAGGCAACGUGGACAUGGUGAGGGCUGUUCUGUCCCGAAACGUCGUUGACAUCAACAGUAGAGGUCAGUUUGGACGAACACCUGUGAUGGUCGCAGCAGAGAAGGGUUGUAAAGGGAUGUAUAACAUGUUGGUUAGUUUCGGUGGGAAUGAAGCCCUUGUUGAUGAUGAUGGUAUGAACACCCUUCACGUCGCCUGUCUUGGAGGCAGGGAGGAUAUGGUGCGAUACAUCAUUUCAAGGAACAUCGUGGAUAUCAACAGCAGAGGUCAGUAUGGGAGCACCCCUCUGAUGCUGGCGUCAGAGAAGGGCCAUAAAGGAAUAUUUGACUUGAUUGUAAAGAGGGGCGGCAAUGUGCGGACACUGGAUGACUUGGGGAACAAUAUUCUCCAUAUUGCCUGUUGUGGUGGCCAUGUGAGGAUGGUCAGAUAUCUGAUUUCUAAACGCUUCGUUGACAUCAACAGCAGAGGACAGGACGGAGGAACUCCCAUAAUGUGUGCAGCAGAGAAGGGGCACAGGCUUGUCUUUGACUUGCUUGUCAGAAGAGGAGGUAACGUUUCAUUGUUAGACGAUAAAGGUGAUGACAUCCUUCACGCGGCCUGUUUGGGGGGUAAUGUUGAGAUGGUCAGGUACAUCCUGUCCAAAUACAGGAUUCCUGUGAACAGAAGGGGGCAGUUCGGACGGAACCCCGUCAUGGCGGCAACGCAGCAAGGUUCUAAAGACCUGUUUGACUAUCUUGUACGAAAAGGAGGCAACGUGAUUCAUAUCGACUACGAAGGAAACAACAUUCUUCAUGUUGCGUGUAUAGGGGGCCAUGUUCAGAUGGUAGAACAUGUCCUGUCACUGGGAUUUGGCAUUGAUAUCAACAGCAGAGGUCAAAAGGGCAGGACAGCUGUGUGGGUUGCAGCACACAUGGGACCCAAAGACGUUUUUGACUUUCUCGUACGGGAAGGAGCCGACGUUUCCCAAGCGGACGACGACGGUAACAACAUCCUACAUGCCGCAUGUCUUGGUGAUAAUGUAGAGAUGGUGAGGCACAUACUCGCUAAAAAGAUCGUGGAUAUUAAUGUUAGGAAUAAAAAUAAGUCGACAGCAGCUAUGCUCGUCAACAAUGAUGGACAACGGUCAAUAUUUGAUAUGCUCGUCGCUCACGGGUGUGCAGUGGAUCUAGAUUAGGACAUAAGAGUCCUGUCGAGUUGUAAUGUUAAAUAAUAUGAUAUGUUUAAUGCCAUCAUGAUAAUCUAAAACGAACGGAACACAGAUGUAGAUUGAAUGUCUCUGUCAGUGGACCAGGAUGAAGCCAAUAUGUCGGGUUGUGUCUGUCGUCAACACUCCAGCAAUAUCAUCAAUAUCAUGGCAGUCUGAACAAUAUCAUAUUCUAAACCGGUGAAGCAAAUUGUAAGUAUCGAUCUGUCUAGAUUGCUAUUGUGUGACUGAUAAACACGGGUGAGUCAUACAUAAUUAUAAAAUGUUUGUUCAUUUCCAACUAAACGCCAGAUGUCGAAGACAAGGUCUCUAUAACAAGCCUGUAUGUGUUAUGAAAUAUAUCAUAUAAUAGAAAUGAACUCCCGUCGGUGACUAAUAUUUCCUUUGGCGAGGAAUAUGUCUUGCGAAGUAUUUAAGAACAGUAAAGAAAAAUCCAGGGGAUAAUCAACAAAAACAUUCAUUAGCGAAUAAGGGCGCCGAUCCACAGAGCGUUCGUAGCACUACGACAUUCGUAAGCCUAUGAUAAAGUAUAGAGUUGGG